AUGUCGGGCUACGGCUAUCCGGGAGGCUAUGGCCCGCCGCCGCAGCAAUACCCCGGCAAUUACUACCAGCCGCCCCCCCAGGCGUACAACGGUUACCCCCCUCAGCAGGGAGCACCUCCGGCUCCGUACGGAUAUAACCAGCCUCCGCCCCAACCCUACGGCUACCACCAGGGUCCCCCCCCGCAACAGGGCGCCUAUGGCCAGCCGCCACCGCCGAACCAAUACGGCAGACCUGGGGUACCGACGGCGAACUCGAACUCGUACGGUCACGGCAACUUCGGCGCUCCUCCACCUCCUCCGUCCGGGCCGCAACACUUCGGCCACGGCGCUCCACAAGGAUACGCCUUCCAGUACAGCAACUGCACCGGCCGAAGAAAAGCUCUCCUCGUCGGCAUCAAUUACUUUGGCCAGCGCGGCCAGCUUCGAGGAUGCAUCAACGACGUUAGAAAUAUGUCGGCUUACCUCGUCGAACAUUUCGGCUAUAAGCGCGAAGAUAUGGUGAUUCUCACCGACGACCAACAGAAUCCCAUGAGUCAACCUACGAAGCAGAACAUCCUCCGCGCCAUGCAUUGGCUCGUGAAGGAUGCGAGGCCGAACGACUCGCUGUUCUUCCACUAUUCCGGUCACGGUGGUCAAACUAAGGACCUGGAUGGCGACGAACCCGACGGCUACGACGAGGUCAUAUACCCCGUCGAUUUCCGCCAAACCGGCCACAUCACCGACGAUGAGAUGCACCGUAUCAUGGUCCGACCCCUACAAGCCGGCGUCCGGCUGACGGCGAUUUUCGAUUCCUGCCAUUCCGGCACCGCGCUUGAUCUUCCCUACAUCUACUCCACCCAAGGCAUCCUCAAGGAACCCAACCUGGCCAAGGAAGCCGGCCAGGGCCUUCUCGGCGUUAUCUCUUCUUACAGCCAAGGCGACCUUGGUGGUGUCGCGAACAAUAUCAUGGGCUUCUUCAAGAAGGCCACCAGCGGCGAGGAUGCGCACCACAGGGCGAUGGCCACCAAGACGUCGGCCGCCGACGUCAUCAUGCUCUCGGGAAGCAAGGACGACCAAACUUCGGCCGACGCUACAAUCGCCUCGCAGGCUACCGGUGCUAUGUCGUGGGCAUUCAUCACUGCUCUCAAGAAGAACCCCCAACAAAGCUACGUACAAUUGCUCAACAGCAUCCGGGACGAGCUGGCCACUCGGUACACCCAGAAACCCCAGUUGUCGUGUAGUCAUCCGCUGAACACCAACCUGCUGUUCGUCAUGUAGCAGGCGUGUCACCCGUCCCCUUUCCCUUGGUUAGGCCCCCGGCGUAGGCGGAAGAUGUUUUACAUAUGGAUAGGGCCGUCACUCGACUUGUUGCCGCGGCUAGUUUGGUCGUUA